UAUUCGCCUUCUCUCUCUCACUCCUCACUCUCUCUCUAGAUUAGCAACCGAAAACAGAGUGUGUGGGAAGGAAAAGAUUGCACACUCAAACUCUUAGGCAAAUGUGAGCGGAAUUUUCCCGGAAAAUCAGGGAUCGAUCAAUUUACCCGGAAAAUUCAGUAAUCCGUCAAAUACGGUAAUUGAAAUGCAAGACAUUCAUUCAGUGAGAGGAGGAGGGAGGUUCUUCGGCGGCUCGGGAGGAGGAGACCGGCGGCUGAGGCCGCACCAGCACCCCAACCAGCAGGCUUUGAAGUGCCCGCGGUGCGAUUCUCUCCACACCAAGUUCUGCUACUACAACAACUACAACCUCUCCCAGCCCCGCCACUUCUGUAAGGCCUGCCGCCGCUACUGGACCAAAGGCGGUGUCCUCCGUAACGUCCCAGUCGGCGGCGGAUGUCGCAAAACUAAACGCUCCAAGCCGAAAAAUUCAUCUUCGUCAUCGCCGACAUCGUCUCCCCCUCCUCCGCCGCCGCAACCGAACAGCGCCCAUCAGAACAAAUCCAGCUCUCAUUCGAGCAGCGAGAGCUCGAGCCUCACCAACCCCGCCGCCGCCGCUACUGCCGCCACGGAGGCCGUCUCAGCACCGUCUUCGACCGGCUCUGCUUCCAAUUUACUAACCAAUAUUCAUAAUCCGGAAUCCAAAUUCUUCAUUUGUCAAGGCGGCGCGAACGGUGGCUUUGAGCACGGAGCGUCGGCGGCGGCGCUGCUGGAGCAGAGUACGGAGAUUAACGGAAUGUCUUCCGAGAUUGGGAGCUUCACGAGCUUGAUCACGUCUUCCAACGACGUGCCGUUUAGUUUCGGGAACAUCAACGGCUUGCCGUUUGAUCAUCAAGACCAAGUUGGUAAUCAUCAUCACAAUCAAGUUCAUCAAAACCAAUGGGGGCAGCAGAACCAGGAAGUGAAGAUGCAGGAGAUCAGUGGUGGAUUACUGGAUCAGACGGCGCAGGUCGAUCUAUCAGUGUUCCAAAACAGAUCCAACGGCGUCGGAAGAGGAGAAUUUGGACCGUUGGAUUGGCAACCGGGAUCAGUUGAUCAAGGUUUUUUUGAUCUUCGUAACACCGUUGAUCAAGCAUACUGGAGUCAAAGUCAAUGGGCCGAUCAAGACCACCCUACUCUCUACCUCCCGUAAAAUCUCUCACUCUAAUUAACCAU